ACACAAGUUUUCUUUAUCUACAUUUCCUUCCAAUUCAGUAGAAUAUUCGGAGGUGAGGUGAGGAGAAGAUCGGAGGGAAAAUGAUGACGGCGACGGUGAACGCGGUGGUGAACGGAGGAGGUGGUGUGGGGCAGAAAAAAACAGUACUAAUAACAGGAGUAAGCAGAGGUCUUGGAAAAGCAUUAGCCCUAGAAAUAGCCAAAAGAGGCCAUUCUGUCAUCGGCUGUUCUCGCUCUCAAGACAAACUCAACUCUCUCCAAUCACAACUAAUUUCUUCUUCUUCUGAUAAUGAUGAAAAUCAAAAUCAUAAACACCUCUUCUUAAAUGUUGAUGUGUGUUCAAAUAGCAGUGUUGAAGAGUUAGCAAAAGUUGUCAUGGAAAAGAAAGGUGUCCCUCCUGAUAUCAUUGAUGGAUACAUGUGUCUGUAUAUGUUUGCAGUAAAUAACGCGGGUACCAUUAACAAAAACAACCGACUAUGGGAAGUACCGGAGGAAGAGUUUAAUGCUGUCAUAGAUACUAAUCUCAAGGGUGUUGCAAAUAUGUUACGCCACUUCAUUCCCCUUAUGAUUGAGAGAAAGCAAGGGAUUCUCGUUAAUAUGUCGUCUGGGUGGGGAAGAUCAGCCGCAGCACAGGUGGCCCCUUAUUGUGCUUCAAAAUGGGCUGUGGAAGGAUUGAGCAAGUCAGUUGCAAAGGAGUUGCCCAGUGGAAUGGCAAUUGUUGCACUUAAUCCAGGGGUGAUAAACACCGACAUGCUUGCGUCAUGCUUUGGCAGUUCAUCUAGCUUGUACCAGACCCCUGAUUCAUGGGCACCCAAGGCAGCUGAUAUGAUAUUAAAUUUAACAACGGCUGACAAUGGUGCAUCUCUUUCGGUAUAAAAAACUGAUCGUUGCAGUAGUUCUGUUUGUAGAUUAGCAUAUUGAUAAUAGUAUGCAUACCUGUGUUGCUGAGGACCCUUUUUUGGGUUUUAUUCACUAGAGUUUAAAGCCUGCCCUUGUAGUUUAGCUCAAAUAUUCUCUCUAAAAUGCUUGUGUUAUUUUCUAUGGGUCUUGCUGCAUUGAAUUAUAUCUAAAAUUGUAUCAAGCUGCUCUAUUGUUGGUCAAUGAAGCCAUAUUGAAAGACGCUGUUAUCUAAA